AUGGCGGCCGCCAACGCUCCGAUCACCAUGAAAGAAGCCCUCACGCUGACUAGCGUAGGGAUCAAUCAACAGUUCAUCACUUUCACAAAUGUGACGAUGGAAUCUGAUAAGUACAUAUGUGUACGGGAGACAGCACCUCAGAACAGCGUGGUAAUAAUUGACAUGAGCAUGCCGAUGCAGCCAUUGAGGAGGCCUAUCACUGCAGAUUCGGCACUUAUGAAUCCAAAUUCUCGAAUAUUAGCUCUUAAAGCUCAACUUCCCGGAACGACACAAGAUCACUUGCAAAUAUUUAACAUUGAAGCAAAAGCAAAACUCAAGUCACAUCAGAUGCCUGAGCAGGUUGUGUUUUGGAAGUGGAUUACCCCUAAGAUGUUGGGUUUGGUGACACAAUCCGCCGUAUAUCACUGGUCUAUUGAAGGAGAUUCCGAGCCAGUAAAGAUGUUUGACAGAACUGCCAAUUUAGCGAACAACCAGAUUAUAAAUUAUAAAUGCGAUCCUUCUGAAAAAUGGUUGGUGCUGAUCGGGAUUGCUCCUGGCUCUCCUGAGCGUCCUCAACUGGUCAAGGGAAGCAUGCAGCUGUUUUCUGUGGAUCAGCAACGUAGUCAGGCUCUUGAAGCACAUGCUGCAUCAUUCGCUUCUUUCAGAGUAGCUGGAAAUGACAAGGAUUCAAUUCUUAUUUCUUUUGCAACAAAAACUUCUAAUGCUGGUCAGAUUACAUCUAAGUUGCAUGUUAUUGAGCUCGGUGCUCAGCCAGGCAAGCCAGCUUUUACGAAAAAGCAAGCGGAUCUGUUCUUCCCUCCAGAUUUUGCUGACGAUUUUCCAGUGGCUAUGCAGAUAUCGCACAAGUAUAGCCUUAUAUAUGUGAUUACAAAACUUGGACUGCUGUUUGUAUAUGAUCUGGAAACUGCGACAGCUGUAUACAGAAAUAGAAUCAGUCCAGAUCCCAUUUUCCUGACUUCAGAAGCUUCAUCUGUUGGUGGUUUCUAUGCAAUUAAUAGGCGAGGACAGGUUUUACUUGCUACAGUAAAUGAAGCAACUAUUAUCCCUUUCGUCAGUGGCCAGUUGAACAAUCUGGAGCUAGCUGUCAAUCUUGCCAAAAGAGGAAACCUUCCCGGUGCAGAGAAUUUGGUUGUUCAACGCUUCCAAGAGUUGUUUGCUCAGACAAAAUAUAAAGAGGCUGCUGAGCUUGCUGCAGAAUCUCCACAAGGCAUCCUCCGGACGCCUGACACUGUUGCAAAAUUUCAGAGCGUUCCUGUACAAGCAGGGCAGACACCACCACUGCUGCAGUACUUUGGGACACUGUUAACAAAAGGAAAACUUAAUGCCUUUGAAUCUUUGGAGUUAUCUCGUCUGGUGGUCAAUCAGAACAAGAAGAAUCUAGUGGAAACCUGGUUGGCUGAGGAUAAACUAGAAUGUAGCGAAGAACUUGGAGAUCUUGUGAAGACUGUUGACAAUGACCUUGCACUGAAAAUAUAUAUCAAAGCCAGAGCUACACCAAAAGUUGUUGCUGCUUUUGCGGAGCGUCGAGAGUUCGACAAAAUCUUAAUAUACUCCAAGCAGGUUGGGUAUACACCCGACUAUCUAUUUCUUCUGCAGACAAUUCUUCGGUCAGAUCCACAGGGAGCUGUUAAUUUUGCCUCAAUGAUGUCACAAAUGGAGGGAGGGUGCCCUGUUGAUUAUAAUACCAUUACUGAUCUCUUUCUUCAGAGGAAUAUGAUUCGUGAAGCUACAGCAUUUCUGUUGGAUGUUUUGAAACCAAAUCUGCCGGAGCAUGCAUUCCUGCAAACGAAGGUCCUGGAGAUAAAUCUAGUUACCUUCCCAAAUGUUGCUGAUGCCAUAUUGGCAAAUGGCAUGUUUAGUCACUAUGAUAGGCCUCGAAUUGCACAGCUAUGUGAGAAAGCUGGCCUCUACGUGCGAGCACUUCAGCAUUACUCUGAAUUGCCUGAUAUCAAGCGCGUCAUUGUGAAUACUCAUGCAAUUGAGCCGCAGGCACUUGUGGAGUUUUUCGGAUCACUUUCCAAGGAAUGGGCUAUGGAGUGUAUGAAGGAUCUUUUGUUGGUCAAUUUGAGAGGAAACCUUCAGAUAAUUGUUCAGGUUGCUAAAGAAUAUUGUGAGCAUCUGGGAGUUGAAGCAUGCAUUAAGCUGUUCGAGCAGUUCAAGUCAUAUGAAGGAUUAUAUUUCUUCUUAGGAUCAUAUUUGAGCUCCAGCGAGGAUCCUGAGAUUCACUUCAAGUACAUUGAGGCAGCUGCCAAGACGGGACAAAUUAAGGAGGUUGAGCGGGUAACUAGAGAAUCAGAUUUCUACAACCCUGAAAAAACUAAGAACUUUUUAAUGGAUGCCAAACUUCCUGAUGCAAGGCCAUUGAUCAAUGUUUGCGACCGCUUUGGUUUUGUUCCCGACCUCACCCAUUACUUGUACUCUAACAACAUGCUUCGGUAUAUUGAAGGUUAUGUGCAAAAGGUCAAUCCAGGAAAUGCUCCGUUAGUUGUUGGGCAGCUUCUAGAUGAUGAGUGUCCUGAAGAUUUCAUUAAAGGCCUUAUCCUUUCUGUCCGCUCUCUGCUUCCAGUUGAACCCCUGGUGGAGGAAUGUGAGAAAAGGAAUCGGCUUCGCCUACUAACUCAGUUUUUGGAGCAUCUCGUGAGUGAAGGAAGCCAAGAUGUGCAUGUCCACAAUGCUUUGGGUAAAAUCAUAAUAGAUAGCAACAACAAUCCAGAACACUUCCUGACCACCAACCCAUACUAUGAUUCACGUGUCGUGGGUAAAUAUUGUGAGAAACGUGAUCCAACUCUUGCCGUUGUUGCAUAUCGGAGGGGGCAGUGUGAUGAUGAACUCAUUAACGUGACAAAUAAGAACUCUCUGUUCAAGCUUCAAGCUAGGUAUGUCGUUGAAAGAAUGGAUGGUGAUCUUUGGGCAAAAGUUCUUGACCCUGAGAACGAAUUCAGAAGGCUGCUCAUCGAUCAAGUCGUAUCCACUGCACUGCCCGAAAGCAAGAGCCCUGACCAAGUUUCAGCUGCCGUUAAAGCUUUUAUGACAGCCGACCUUCCUCACGAACUAAUCGAGUUACUGGAAAAGAUCGUGCUGCAGAACUCAGCGUUCAGUGGGAACUUCAAUCUACAGAAUCUGCUCAUCUUGACCGCGAUAAAGGCUGAUCCACCGAGGGUCAUCGACUACAUUAACAGACUCGAUAACUUUGAUGGUCCUGCCGUUGGAGAAGUGGCUGUUGAAGCUCAGUUAUACGAAGAAGCCUUUGCUAUUUUCAAGAAGUUCAACUUGAACGUCCAGGCUGUCGAUGUGUUAUUGGAUCAUAUUCGAGACAUAAAUCGAGCUGUGGAGUUUGCUUUCCGUGUCGAGGAGGAUGCUGUCUGGAGUCAGGUUGCUAAAGCUCAACUUCGUGAGGGAUUGGUUAGUGAUGCCAUUGAGUCGUUUAUUCGGGCUGACGAUGCCACCCAAUUCCUGGAAGUAAUCAAGGCUGCCGAGGAUGCCGAUGUCUAUGAUGACCUGGUGAAGUAUCUUCUAAUGGUUAGGCAGAAAGCAAAGGAGCCCAAGGUGGACAGCGAGCUCAUUUAUGCGUAUGCCAAGAUUGAUAGGCUUGGAGACAUUGAAGAAUUCAUACUGAUGCCAAACGUUGCCAAUCUGCCUAGUGUUGGUGACCGCUUGUACGAUGAAACCCUGUAUGAGGCUGCAAAGAUCAUUUUUGCUUUCAUUUCCAACUGGGGCAAGCUGGCCAUUACACUAGUGAAGUUGAGACAGUUCCAAGGUGCCGUUGAUGCCGCUCGUAAAGCCAAUAGUGCCAAAACGUGGAAGGAAGUUUGCUUUGCAUGUGUGGAUGCUGAGGAGUUCCGUUUGGCCCAGAUAUGCGGUCUCAAUAUUAUUGUGCAGGUGGAUGAUCUGGAAGAAGUAAGCGAGUAUUAUCAGAACAGAGGAUGCUUUAACGAGCUUAUUUCUCUUAUGGAGAGUGGUCUGGGAUUGGAACGUGCACAUAUGGGGAUUUUUACGGAGCUCGGUGUUCUUUAUGCUAGAUACCGCCAUGAGAAGCUCAUGGAACACAUUAAAUUGUUCUCUACCCGUCUCAAUAUCCCGAAACUUAUCCGGGCAUGCGAUGAGCAACAGCACUGGCAGGAGUUGACUUACUUGUACAUUCAGUAUGACGAGUUUGACAAUGCUGCCACCACCGUCAUGAAUCACUCCCCAGAAGCUUGGGAUCACAUGCAGUUCAAAGAUAUCAUUGUUAAGGUGGCAAAUGUGGAGCUGUAUUACAAAGCGGUGCACUUCUAUUUACAAGAGCACCCUGAUCUCAUCAAUGAUGUUCUCAACGUUCUUGCCCUUCGCUUGGAUCAUACUCGUGUUGUGGACAUCAUGAGAAAGGCGGGCCACCUGCGUCUUGUCAAGCCGUAUAUGGUAGCGGUUCAGAGCAAUAACGUGUCAGCAGUGAAUGAGGCUCUCAAUGAAAUCUAUGUAGAGGAGGAAGAUUAUGACAGACUGCGUGAGUCAAUCGACCUUCAUGAUAGUUUUGACCAGAUUGGGCUUGCUCAAAAGAUUGAGAAACACGAGCUACUUGAGAUGAGACGUGUUGCCGCGUACAUCUACAAGAAGGCAGGGAGAUGGAAGCAGUCGAUUGCUCUUUCGAAGAAAGAUAACCUCUACAAAGAUGCAAUGGAGACGGCUUCACAGUCCGGUGACCGUGAACUUGCCGAGGAGUUGCUUGUUUACUUCAUUGAACAGGGAAAGAAGGAGUGCUUUGCUUCCUGCCUUUUUGUUUGUUACGAUCUGAUCCGCGCAGAUGUUGCUCUUGAACUUGCCUGGAUGAACAACAUGAUUGACUUUGCCUUCCCAUAUCUUUUACAGUUUAUCCGGGAAUACACGGGCAAAGUUGAUGAGCUUAUUAAGGACAAGAUUGAAGCUCUGAAAGAAGAGAAGGCGAAAGAGGAGGAAGAGAAAGAUGUCAUGAAGCAACAGAAUAUGUAUGCGCAGCUAUUGCCUCUUGCUUUACCCGCCCCGCCUGGCAUGGGAGGCUCCGGCAUAGGUGGAGGCUUUUCCGGGCCACCACCACCCAUGGGCCCAAUGGGCAUGGGUAUGCCACCUAUGCCUCCACCUUUUGGAAUGCCACCAAUGGGCCACUACUAA